CCGUCUUCCUCCACAGACGUCGCUCUGUCAGCCCGGGUGGUGGUGUGUUACAUAACUGGUCCUGGUGUCUCUUCUCCUCCCAGCCGGCAAGAAUGGCAGCGAUCAGGACUCUCAGGAAACUGUGCCAACACACUCAGCAUCAAGUCUGUAAACUACACACGUCCGCCUCGAGGCAGGAGGCGGUGGUCAUCUCAGGAAAGAAACUAGCACGGCAGAUUCGAGAGGAGGCCCGGGUCGACAUAGAGAAAUGGGUUUCAGCCGGCCACAGGAGACCCCACCUGAGUGUGAUUCUGGUGGGAGAAAACCCAGCCAGCCACUCCUACGUCCUGAAUAAGACACGAGCAGCAGCUGAUGUCGGAAUGUCUAGUGAGACAAUUCUCAAGCAUUCAGACAUCAGUGAGGAGGAGUUAUUGGACCUGAUCUACAAACUCAACGCAGACCAUCGUGUGGAUGGCCUGCUGGUCCAGCUGCCUCUGCCAGACCACAUUGAUGAGCGCACAGUCUGUAAUGCAGUUUCCCCUGCCAAGGACGUGGACGGCUUCCACGUAGUUAAUGUGGGUCGCAUGUGCCUGGAUCAGUCCACCAUGCUGCCUGCCACUCCCUGGGGAGUCUGGGAAAUGAUUAAGCGCACAGGUAUUCCUACUUUUGGGAAGAAUGUUGUGGUUGCAGGACGCUCCAAGAAUGUGGGCAUGCCCAUCGCCAUGUUACUGCACACAGAUGGCCGUCAUGAGAGGCCUGGAGGUGAUGCCACAGUCACCAUUUCUCACCGUCACACUCCAAAGGAGCAACUUCGCCAACAUACUAAAAUCGCUGAUAUCGUUGUGGCUGCUGCAGGGAUUCCAAACCUCAUUACCGCGGACAUGAUCAAAGAGGGAGCAGCGGUGAUUGACGUUGGAAUAAACAGAGUACAGGACCCAGUCACCGGAAAGAGCAGACUGGUGGGAGACGUGGAUUUUGAAGGCGUGAGACAGAAGGCGGGCUUCAUCACUCCUGUCCCCGGAGGUGUGGGACCCAUGACCGUAGCCAUGCUCAUGAAGAACACUAUCAAAGCAGCUAAGAACGUCCUGUUGUUCCCUCCGGAGAGGAUCCGCAUGGCGGCUGCAUCCUAAUGGGGGAAAGAGAAUCCCAGCAACAGCAACACAUUCCACUCCUUCCAAACACAACCACCCCUCAUUUUUUACUCAGAGCAACGUGACAAGCUCCCCUUGCACACGGACUGGAAAGAUGAUAGCUUUAAGACUCUUCCUGCUGACAUCUUUAACCUCUCCUAACUUCAAGUCCAGCCAUGUUUAGACUGUUACAUUCGCUUAUGCAGCUGCAUUAAGUAACAGGGUUUUCAGUAUUUAUCAACUGCAAUGCAUUUCUUUGGGGGGUUUAAGGAAUCUUGAAAUAUUAUUCUAUUUAUUUCUACUCUGACAUGCUAUUUAAAAUGGAGGCAGGUUACAGCAUUUAACUCUGAGCUGGUGAGCUGUUGAAGCCAAGCAUUUGAGUCUGUCGUGCUUCUGUCAGUUAGUUUAGCCUUAUGUACCGAGAGUGAUAAGGGCUAAUUCCAUCAGGAACAAGUAUGUAUAUCAAUAUACAAGCUUUAAAGAUUCACAAUUGCCUUUGUAAAAACUUUUAAAUAAAUAUUGCAAAUAUGUUCUCUCAUGAA